AUGCGAUCAUGCUUCCUUGCGAGCAGUGAGCCAUGCCGAGCACCGUGGCUGCCGGUCCGCGUCUGUCAUGGAAGGCCGCGGUCGAAUUCGAGGUGUGGCGCCGGGCCUCGCGUGUUGGGGCUGGCACUGACGGCCGUCCACCUCUGCCGAGGCAGGUGCCAAAGCACAGGCCGAAGAUCGGCUCGUGCUGCGGUGAAAUGUGAGGCGACCAGAUCUGCCGAAGCGCAUGAGAAGGUAGCACUGGUGAUUGGGUACAUUGGAUCCAAGUACCAUGGCCUUCAGAUCCAUUAUGACGAGGAUGUCACACAAGUCGUGACCAUCGAGUGGCUCUUGCGAGAGGUCCUACUCUCACUCGGAGUAAUUUCCAAAUCCGAUGCAGAAAGCCUUGAGCGCAACCUGGAAUGGAGGCACUCCAGCCGCACAGAUGCUGGAGUCCAUGCUUGCAGAUUGGUCAUCACGGCUCGUUUGGCUGUGGGGCGACCUGAUGAAGAAGGAUGUUACCCAUGGCUUGUGUCGCAGCUGAACGAUCUGUUGCCAGACGAUGUUGUGGUUUUUGCUGUUCGUCCCGUUCCUGCGAGCUUUGACGCCCGGUUCUCCUGCUCUUGGCGUGAGUACAGCUACAUUCUGCCCGCAAGUGCUUUGGCCAACCAGGCCCUGCAGAACGUGCGGCGGCUGCUCGAGACGUUUGUUGGCCGGCACUGUUUCCACAACUUCACUCGCCUUCGUGCAAACCGGAGUCGUCCAGGAGGAGGGCCAAAGAUGCAUUCCGUGGAGAUCUUCCGUCGAACUGAGUCCAAAAUCGAGGCUUGUGACGCAGACUUCCUGGAACUCCCGGGCUUUCCACAGGAGUUUGUGCAGAUCACCUUGCAGGGCAACCGCUUCCUCUACAAUCAGAUCCGAUAUGUGGUCGGCGCCGUCGCUGCCGUGAGCGCCGGCCAUCUGCCCGAGGCUUCCCUGAAGGCCGCGCUGCGCAGCCCAGCGAGAUUCCGCUUCCCUCUGGCCCCGAGCUGCGGGCUGCUUCUGCGAUCCAGUGGGUUUACUGGCACUCGACAGAAGCCGUGCGACGUUGCCAUGGACCAAGAGCAGAUGUGGAGCCGCAUGCUGCCAAUGAAUACGCGGCUCUUGCUGAAUGGGCCUGCCGACGCAGAGGCGCAGGACUUUGAGAGACGGGUGGAGGCUCGAGCUGCAGAAGCCUGGCAGAAGGACGUGCUUGAGAGCUUCCGGUUGUCCUUGCCGCAUGCUCGCAGUCCAGACGAGGAUCUCCAACGACUGUCCACAACUCCGAGGCAUUUGCAGCCGCGCGCGCUGGCCCGGGCUCAAAAAAGUCCGGUGACAGGAUGCUCCGAGGGUCUGCAGGAAGUGUUUUGGUAA